AUGAAGGGCUCAAACUACUAUGUGGCCAACGAGGCCCUGGUCGAGCCGGAGGAGAGGGAGAGUCUGCAUCGAGACCUCUCUGCUCGCCAGAUUUCCAUGAUCGCGCUUGGUGGUGCGAUCGGUACUGGUCUUAUUAUCGGUUCGGGUACUGCGCUUGUCCGCGGAGGCCCUCUCGGAAUCCUUUUGGGCUACUCCUUCGUUGGAUUCGUGUGCUACCUCGUCAUGGUUGCUCUCGGCGAGAUGUGUGCGUACCUGCCGCACAAGAAGGGUUUCCCCGGCUACGCGACUCGCUUCGUCGACCCCGCAUUCGGCUUCGGUCUCGGCUGGAACUAUGUUAUGAAGUACGUUAUUGUCACGCCAAACAACAUCAAUGCGGCCGGUGUGGUUAUCCAAUACUGGACCCGGAAGGUGCACAUAGCCAUUUGGAUGGUCUUCUUCGUCAACUUGCUCGGUGUCCGCGUGUUCGGCGAGCUGGAGUUCUGGUUCAGCAGCAUCAAGGUCAUCACGCUCAUCGGCCUGCUGCUCAUGGGCAUCAUCAUCGACCUCGGCGGAAACCCGAGGCACGACCGCAUCGGCUUCCGGUACUGGGAGCACCCCGACGGGCCCAUGGGUCACUACCUCCUGUCCACGGUGCACGAGGAGAGCCUGUCGAUCUUCCUCGGCUUCUGGAGCACCCUCACGAACGCGCUCUUCGCGUACAUCGGCACGGAGCUCAUCGGUGUCACGGUAGGCGAGGCGCAGGCCCCGCGCAAGAACAUCCCGAUCGCCAUCCGGAGGACGUUCUUCCGUAUCCUCAUCUUUUACGUCGGAGGCGUCUUCGUGAUCGGCCUCAUUGUUCCCAGCACCAACCAGUCGCUCUUCAUCGCCAACAAGUCCAAGGCUGGUGCGGCCGCGUCCCCCUUCGUUGUCGCGACGACGCUUGCUGGGAUCAAGGUUCUGAACCAUAUCAUCAACGCCGCGAUCCUGCUGUUCGUGCUCAGCGCUGCGAACUCGGAUCUGUACAUCGGCACACGUACCCUGUACGGUCUCGCCGUCCAGGGCCACGCACCGAAGCUCUUCGCGCGGGUCAACCGCAUGGGUGUUCCCUACCCGGCGUUGAUCUUCUGCACGUGCUUCUGCGGCCUCGUCUUCCUCAACGUCUCGUCCAGCAGCGCGAAGGUGUUCGGCUGGUUCGUGAACUUGGUGUCGACGUUUGGCGCGAUCACGUGGAUGUGUAUCUGUUACACGCAUAUUCGCUUCAUGAAAGCUCUAAAAGCACAGGGCAUGUCCCGCGAUGACCUGCCGUACAAGGCGCCCUUCCAGCCGUGGGGUUCUUGGUUUGCCCUCGUCGCCACCGGGAUCAUCACCCUGUUCAAGGGUUUCGAUACGUUUAUACCCUUCACGAAGGACACCUUCGUGACCUCGUACAUCGGCAUCCCGGUGUUCAUCCUGUUCUACUGCGGAUACAAGUUCUACUACCGCACAUCGCUCAUCCCGUCCGAUAAGGUGGACCUCAUCACGGGCAAGCGGGAGAUCGACGAGGAGGAGGAGCGCUUCAACAAGGAGCAGGAGGCGCGGGGGCCGCGGACGCGCUGGCAGAAGAUCUGGGAGGACCUGUAG